GUGAUGCGCACUUAUUGAUUCAAUUGCUUGCUUCUGCUGUUGUUGUGUUUAGUUGUUGAAUCCUUGCUACUGCUGCUGAUGUUGUGUUUAGUUGUUGAAUCAUUGCUACUACUGGCUGUGUUAUGUGUUUAGUUAUGCAUUAGGUGGUGGGAGGUAUAUUAAGGCCAGUUUAUGUUAUAGCACUAAAAAUGUUGGCCAGUCUAGAAGGUAUUUCACAGAAUCUUACCAUUAACACACCUCUCACCCCAAUUGAGACUCCUCAUCCUGAUGAUGCCCAAACAUUAAAAGGGGAAUCACCUAAUGUCCCCCUCCCCUCACUUCCUCCUAAGAGAUAACUUGUUAGGAAACCAUCUAAGGUAUGGAAGCAAUUUACUAAGGAACCAGAUCAAACGGGCAGUGAUGUAGGGCCUAGGGCUUCUUGCACAUCUACUUUAAUGCAACAUUUGAAGGUCCAAUACAAGGGGGGUUCACCAUUGAAAGAUGAUAACAAACAAAAAGUUCUUUGAUUUGAGAACAAAGGAGGCCUAGUUGCACAUGGAUUUAGCAAGGAGAGAACUAGAAUUGCUUUGCAAAGAUGAUAAUAAUUGAUGUUGCCUUUUAAAUUUGUUUAAGGGUUAGGGUUUAAGUACUUUAUGAGAGAGGCACAACCUAGAUUCGAUCCACUGUCUCGUAGGACCAUUGCUAGAGAUGUAUGGUCAAUCUUUCAAGAGGAAAAGGCCAAACUAAAGAGUAUCUUGAGUGUAAAUUCACAAAGAGUGUCUCUUACUACUGACACUUGGACUUCUAUUCAAAAUGUGAAUUAUAUGGCUCUCACUGCCCAUUUCAUUGAUGAUGGUUGGAAUUUGCAUAAAAGAAUCCUAAAUUUUUGUCAAAUUUCAAACCAUAAGGGUGAAGCCAUUAGGAGACUAAUAGAGAAGUGUUUUGCAGAUUGGGGAAUAGAAAAGGUGUUUAGUAUCACAGUUGACAGUGCAAGUGCUAAUGAUGGUGCUGUUAGGUAUAUUAAGAGCCAUUUAAAUGAUUGGAAUACACUUUUGUGUGAUGGGGAAAUGUUACAUAUGAGGUGUUGUGCUCACAUAACCAACUUGAUUGUCUUUGAUGGGGUGUUUGAAUUGCAUGACACAAUUAAGAGUAUUCGCAAAGCAUGUAGGUAUACAAGAUCCUUACCAUCCCGGUCAGAAAAGUUUAGGCAAUGUUUAUUUUUGGCCAAGAUUGGUAGCAAGAGUUUACUAACUUUGGAAUGUAAAACAAGAUGGAAUUCCACAUACUUGAUGUUAGACGCUGCCUUGAAGUUGCAAAAAGGUUUUGAUAGGUUGGCAUUGGAGGAUGCUAACUGUGAAGCUUACUUUAAUGACGUUAACAAGGAUGAAAUACCAAAACAAAACAAAAGAAGGUUUGGAGGGGAAGCAAGCUCGAAGACAAGGGUGAGACCUCCAACAGUGAAGGAUUGGCAUUAUGCAAGGGACUUUGUUACUUUCUUGAAAAGAUUUUACGAUGCCACAUUAAAGUUUAGAGCUUCUAAGAUGGUCACUGCCAAUGCACCCUUCCAUGCGAUGGCUAAAAUUGUGAAUGGGUUGAAUGGAAUGAUGCAAAGCCAAGACCCUUUUAUGAAAAGGGUAGCAACUUCAAUGAAAAAGAAGUACGCCAAGUAUUGGGGACAAAUUAGGGGUAUGAACAAGCUUAUAAUACUGGUUGUACUUGAUCCAAGGUACAAAAUUGACUAUGUUCAGUUUAACCUUCCUUUUUUUUUUUGGAAAUAGAUGAAUCCAAAGUUGAUGAGAUAAUAGUUGAGGUAAAGAAGGUUUUAAUGCAUUUGUAUGAGGAGUACAAGAAAGAGAACCCAUCUAUUUACCACUCUUAUGUGGAAGAAAUCACAGAGAGUGAGCCGGAUCAAAGUGUUGAGAGUGAUCCAAUGCUUGAGCAAUUUAUGAGAUCAAGAAAAGAUAAAGAUGUGGUACAAAUUGGGAACAAAGUUGAUAAAUACUUAUUGGAGCCUGCUGAGAAUCUAAAAAAUUUAAAGUUUAAUUUAUUGGGCUGGUGGAAAGAACACUCUCCAAGGUUUCCAAUCAUGUCCAAGGUUGCAAAGGACAUAUUUGUUGUUUCCAUUUCGAGUGUGCAUUCAGAAUCCGCCUUUAGUGCUAGAAAAAAGGUUGUGGAUCCUUUUCGGGCUUGUUUGACUCCCAAAACAGUUGAAGCCCUUAUAUGCACAAAUGAUUGGUUGAGAAGUGAGGGUUUUGACUUCAACAAGGAGCCCACUGAAGAUGAAUUGGAGUUGUACCUAACUUAGGAGAAACUGGAAAAAGAAGUUGAAUCAUUUCAAUUAAAUGGACAACCUCUUAGUGACACUCUCAUUCCCAUGGAUUGAUUGAAGAAACAAGAUGGCAGCGGCUGCUACACCAAUCUUUUUUAAUUUAUGUUGCUUGGAUGCUUUGUAAUUUCUAAUGUUGUUGCUUUGAUUGUUAAUUGUUGAAACUUGUGAUAUACUAAUAUCUAUCUUUCAUGUUGUGUUGAAUUUGUUAAAUUGAUGUUUGAUGUUUGUCAUUUGUGCGAUGAUGGAUUGUAAUGUGUUAAAUUCAUGUGUGAUGUUUGUCAUUUAUGAUAUUUGAGGAUUAAUGUGUAA